UUGAGCUCUCUUUUCUUCUCUGCUCUUGGGAGGACGCAAAGCCGAAAUGGCCGGGAUCUUGCGCCGGGCGCCGGCAGCUUCGCGGGCAAUCGCCCGAUUGGCGGUUGGCGCCGGGUGUCGACCUUAUGGAGCGGCCGCGGCAUUGGAGCUGAGCGACGACGAGGAUGGUUGGUGCUGCGAUCGGGUCGAGGUGCCGACGGCCGACUCACCGGGGAUCGACUACCGCCGGGGCGUGCAGUGGGUGUUCAUUGGGAACCCCGGCGUGGAGAAGUCAGCCUACGCUGGUCGGCUGGCGCGGCUGCUUAGCGUUCCCCACAUCUCCAUGGGCAGCCUCGUCAGGAGCGAGCUCGUUCCCUCCCGCCAUGGCUCGCUCCUUUCCAAGCAGAUUGCAAACGCCUUAAAUGAGGGCAAGCUUCUUCCAGACAACAUAAUCCUGGGACUGUUGUCGAAAAGACUGGAACAGGGAUAUUACAGAGGUGAAACAGGGUUUAUCUUGGAUGGCUUCCCUCGAACUCGAAUUCAAGCUGAGAUUCUUGAUCACAUGGCGGAAAUUGACUUGGUCGUGAACUUUAAGUGCACGGAGGAUUGUCUGGUCAAGAAACACUUGGGAAGUUGCAUUUGUUUAAGAUGCAUUGCAUCUGAUAGAAGUGAUUCUGUUGCAAAUAGCCAGCCAGGGAUUCAACUAAGCUCAACAUGUCAAGCCAAAAUGCCCGCUAAUGUAGCAAAGGAGGCAGCUUUGCAAGAAAAACUGAGGGUAUACAUCGAAGAGAGAAAGCCACUGGAAGAAUAUUACGGGAAAAGAAAGAAGCUCUUGGACAUUGAAGUGGCUAAGGGUACCAGAGAAGUAUGGCACGGGCUCCUGGAGGCAUUGCAGCUUGAGCAUAUGGACAGGGAAUCACAGAAGUUGACAGCUUGAUGGCGACAAUGUUGACUGAGCCAUUUGACCUUGUUCUAUCUUGAAUAAGACAACGCAAGAAAUUUUGCAGAGUUAUUUUCAUGAGUUUGUUUUACUUUGCUUCCUCCAUGUAUUUUACAAUUUUGAGGUACUUUGGUUAGCAUUGUUCCUUUAUCUUGCUUUGUUCUUAGCUUGGUUUGUUCCUGAGGCAAUGUACCAGUUCGGCCUAAGAGCUCUCUUUUUGUUGCGUCCCAUGUAAAUAAGCACUACCACUUAAUUGUUUACUGUGCUUUCUGUCUUUCAUUUAUAGUUGGAAAUCAGUCUGUUUAUUAGGA